GGGGACCCGGAUGUGUGUGGUGGCGGCGGCUGAAGAGCUAGAGGGCGAGCUGAGAGGCCUAUGGAUGAGGAGGACGCGGCGGCCCCGGUUUGUUCUCAUGAACAAGAUGGAUGACCUCAACUUGCACUACCGGUUUCUGAAUUGGCGCCGGCGGAUCCGGGAGAUACGGGAGGUCCGGGCUUUCCGGUAUCAGGAGAGGUUCAAGCACAUUCUUGUAGAUGGAGACACUUUGAGUUACCAUGGAAACUCCGGUGAAGUUGGCUGCUAUGUGGCUUCUCGACCCUUGACCAAGGACAGCAAUUAUUUUGAGGUGUCUAUUGUGGACAGUGGGGUCCGCGGCACCAUUGCUGUGGGGCUGGUCCCUCAGUACUACAGCUUGGAUCACCAGCCUGGCUGGUUGCCUGACUCUGUAGCCUACCAUGCUGAUGAUGGCAAGCUGUACAAUGGCCGAGCUAAGGGCCGCCAGUUUGGGUCAAAGUGCAACUCUGGAGACCGGAUUGGCUGCGGCAUUGAGCCUGUGUCCUUUGAUGUGCAGACUGCUCAGAUCUUCUUCACCAAAAAUGGAAAGCGGGUGGGCUCCACCAUCAUGCCCAUGUCCCCAGAUGGGCUGUUCCCAGCAGUGGGCAUGCACUCCCUGGGUGAGGAGGUGCGGCUGCAUCUCAACGCUGAGCUGGGCCGUGAGGACGACAGUGUCAUGAUGGUGGACAGUUACGAGGAUGAAUGGGGCCGGCUCCAUGAUGUCAGAGUCUGUGGAACUCUGCUGGAGUACUUGGGCAAGGGCAAGAGCAUCGUUGACGUGGGGCUGGCUCAGGCCCGGCACCCACUGAGCACCCGCAGCCACUACUUCGAGGUGGAGAUUGUGGACCCUGGAGAGAAAUGCUACAUCGCCUUGGGGCUGGCCCGGAAGGAUUAUCCCAAGAACAGGCACCCUGGCUGGAGCAGAGGGUCUGUAGCUUAUCAUGCAGAUGAUGGGAAGAUCUUCCAUGGCAGUGGCGUGGGGGAUCCCUUUGGGCCACGUUGUUACAAAGGGGACAUUAUGGGCUGUGGAAUCAUGUUCCCCCGGGACUACAUUCUGGACAGUGAGGGUGACAGUGAUGACAGUUGUGACACAGUGAUCCUGUCCCCAACUGCCCGAGCCGUCCGGAACGUCCGGAAUGUCAUGUACCUGCACCAGGAAGGGGAAGAGGAAGAGGAGGAAGAGGAAGAGGAAGAAGAUGGGGAAGAGAUAGAGCAGGAGCAUGAGGGCAAGAAGGUGGUGGUUUUCUUCACUCGGAAUGGCAAGAUCAUCGGGAAGAAGGAUGCUGUUGUGCCCUCUGGGGGCUUCUUCCCUACCAUCGGAAUGCUGAGCUGUGGGGAGAAAGUCAAAGUGGACCUGCAUCCCUUGAGUGGCUAGUGACUUCUCCCAUACACCUGCCCCUUUACAGGACCAGGUACCCAGCUCCUGACUUCCUUGAAGAUUUGUUUACCUGGCAGGCCCCAGGGGUAUAUAGUCACUCUACCCCAACCAGAUCAGGCCCCUGCAAAUCCUUUCUGUGCCCAUGUUUCAGACCUGGUGCCACCCCUUUGAUCAGUCCCUGGGCCUGAGUCCCUGGUUGGACAGGAAUAGGCCCAGCCCAAAGAAUGAUGUUCUAUCAGAGGGCCCCACUUGCUGUGGUCAGUGGGCUCCACAUGCCCUUUUUCCCAUUGGCCCGUGUGAGUAGAGAGGAGUGAGCACCCUGUCUCAGCUGCUGUUUGGGCCUGAGGCUUUAUAGAGGGCGGAGCAGAGACAGCCCCUGCCCUAUGUCACAGUAUUUCUCCUUGCAUUUUCUCUUUCUGUCCUCAUCGUAAACCAGUUGCUGCUGUCAUCCCCCCUGGCUGGGCUAGGGGGCUCUUUUGGGCCCUCUCUUUACUUCCAUUGACUGCUGUCCCUAGAAAACUGUUCUAGGGUCUGUUCUUUCUCCGGAGAGCCGGCUUUCUCCCUCGCCACCUGCUCAGGCACCAUAGUUCCACAAAGAAUCUGAGUCUCCGGUUCCCCAGGCUGGACACACAUCAGUGAGUGCCCAUUAUGUGUUCAAUGGCGUGAGAGAGGGGCUGUCAGGUGCGGGGGGCACUGGGACCUUUGCUUCUAUCUUCCCCUUGCCAUCCUCAGCCUACCCGUGGCACCCUUGUCCCUAGUUUCCUGGGAUGCAGGCUGAGACUCCAGAGCAUGUCUCUCCUGCUGUGGAGAGGGCAAGAUCCCCGAGCCUGCCCCGUGUCCCAGAGGGCAGCUCGGCCCCUCCCUUCCCUUCCUGCCCUACCCCCACCCCCAGCUUACUGCCUGUGCCAGUUGCCUGUUUUGCUUCAGUGUUUGAUUCUAGCACUUACAUGUGUCUUCCCCCACCAAGCCCUCCUGUCUCCUGCCCCCUUGACCCCUGACCCCCUCCCCAUACAGUGACUUCUCCUGGGAGGAAGAGGGAGCAGGAGCUGUUGGCCUUGGUUUGCACAGAGCGGGUAGGGCUUUGGGGAAAGGGGGAGUUGUUGUGCUGCUGGGGCCUCCCCUUGGGCCCUCCCUUCAGGCCCUGCACUAUGAUGUUUGAAAUGUAUGUACAGAGAUGUUUAUACAGCCAAUAAAGAUGGAGUUUCCGUAUUUAUCAGCA